AUGAUGAUGAGCUCGACUUUCCUCGAGUCCGCCAGCGACGGAGACGGAGCUGCGCGCUUUGGACGCAUGCCCGAUGACUGGAUGAACGGUAUCGAUACUACCGCCAUGCCUUUCUCCAGCUUAGAUGCCCCCUACGAGGCUUCUACACAGCAGAACCCUCUUCAGUCUCCUGAGACGCCCAGUCUCGAUAACACCGUCUUCCCCUCCCCUCUAACAGACCUUGCCUACCUUGACCGUUCCUUUGGAGACUUCUCCCCUAACGGCUACGCCAUCCAUUCCACCACACCGGGUCAAUUCCCCGUCCAUCCUCCUCAUCGCACCUCAUCCGCCUUCUCAGAAGGCUACGACCUCUCCACAGGCAGCCCAUCCCUCGGCGCCGUCUGGCCAGCUCACGUCUCGCCGGCGGCAACAUUCCUACCCACGCCGCCCAUGGCAGACGAGCUAUCACCAGCUGAGUCUGAGCCCGAGGAAGAUAACCAGGAUGACGAUGAGGACUACGACGAUGACUCGGAGCCAGCGAGCAAGAAGCGCAAGCGCUCAACGGUAACAAAGACAAGGGCAAAGGGUAAAGAGGGACCUAAACGUAAUCCCACCCAGCUCCGCACUGCAUCGCGUGCUCCCAAGAAGCGCGUUGUUGCUCAACCUAGACAUCCCAGCGAGACUACAGAGGAAGUCAAGGCGCGGGCUGCACACAACCAGGUUGAGCAGCAAUACCGCAAGCGCCUCAACACCCACUUUGAGCGUCUUCUCGCUGUCCUCCCUGCUCCAGGCACAGAAGGCGGUAUCGCCAAUGAUCGUCGCGUGAGCAAAGCCGAGGUGCUUGACCUUGCUCGUGAGAGAAUUCGCGCGCUGGAGAAGCAGACGGCGAGGUUAGAAAGAGAAAGACGAGAGCUACGGGGACGUAUUGCUCCCGACACACGAAGGUGUUUGGUUUAG